CUGGGAGCGGAUCCAUCCCUGUAGCAACGGGUGUUGGUGUCAUUACAAGUACGACAUCCGCCACCGCGGGGUGGUGGACGCCUACGUCGACGAUCGCCACGGCAGCGGCCAACACCGACGUGUUAUCAGAAUAUAUCAUAUCUAUGGGCCAUGGGCUCUGCAAGACGUCCCAUAACAGGGUAAUUCUACUUGAAAAAACUACGUAUAGUAACUGGAAUAGUUAAGCGCCGUGGCAUGAACAACGGAAAGGAUGGCGAAGAUGGGGGGACUAGUGGCAGCGCGAGAGUCCAUCGAGGGGACACGAAGAACAUUAUUUAGUUCCGUUGGAGUGUACCGCGCGAGUGCAGGGAUUAGAAGCAAGGUGACACAGCCGCGUCAUCUGUUGGAUGUUUAACCUUUUUUACCUGGGCUCGGGCUAUGCGCUUUAGCCGGCCGUUCCCACAAGAAGCCAUCAGCCGCCGACUCACCCAGAUACGCGGACUUGGUGAAACGGGAAAUCAUUUUUGAUACGCGCCACGAUGAAUCAGCUCUGCAGGGUCUGCGGAGAGCCGGCCGCGGGUUUUCACUUCGGGGCCUUCACGUGCGAAGGUUGCAAGUCGUUCUUCGGGCGCACCUACAACAACCUGGGCAGCAUCUCCGAAUGCAAGAACGGUGGCGUGUGCGUGAUCAACAAGAAGAAUCGCACUGCGUGUAAAGCUUGCCGGUUGAGGAAGUGUCUGAUGGUGGGUAUGUCGAAGUCGGGUUCCCGCUACGGACGCCGCUCCAACUGGUUCAAAAUCCACUGCCUCCUCCAGGAACAGUCGCACCAGGCUCAAACGCGCCUCAUCAAAGACCCAAAGUCCGCGUACGAGAAGGCGUUCGGCUCGUUGGACGUGGCGAACAAUAACAACAACAAUAACGAGAAUCCUGGUACAACGAGUGCCACUAGCGUCGUGGGUAUCGUCACGACGACAACCACCACCGCGAAUAGUUACCAUCACCACCAUCAUCAGCACCAUCAGGACAGGUUUCCAAAAAGAGACGACCUGAGGCCACAGGAUAUUCCUGCUCAAUUAAGGGCACCGGAUAUUCCAGCAAGAGCCAGCCAGGAUCCUCUAUUGAGGCCGAUGGACCUGGUCAGGGCACCUCACGAAUUACUCAGGCCGGAAGUGUCCAGGUUUCCCAUGUGGAGAGGACCGCCGUUCUUUCAUCCAGCUCUUACACACAUGCAGCUAUUAAACACGCCAUUUUUCCCGUUCCAACAACGAUUCAUAGUCCCCUAUGUGAACCAGGUUGGCACACCACAAAUGGUAGCUAGCCUAACGAGUUCUUCGAGCGAUAGCGUGAGUCCUAGGUCGACACCGUCGCCUAAAAGGGACGAUGACAAUCGAAGUGCCCGUGACGAGUGCAGAGAAGUGGACGGAGGUUGUCAAAGGAGUCAAAUAGAAGCAUACGAUAAGAGUCUAGCGUUUCUGCGUUCUUUGGGUCCAGAGCAGGAAGAACCGAUCGACUUGAGUAUGAAGGCUGGCAAGAUGGACGGGCAAGAGGUGGAUGCGACUGGUGGUAGCACGGAAGAGGAAAGGUCGACGGACAGCGAGGACAACGAGCUGCUACAGGACACGGGGCCGCCCCUCGAUCUCACUAGAAAGACGUGACCCUGCUCGGCCAGCUCGCGGACAGCUUUCGAUAGGAACUGGACUGGUUGGUGUUGAAUCGUCGCUCGAAGGCGUUGCUCGGAGAGCUGCCAGCCUCUUUCGCGCACAGAGACUCAUAUUGUUGUCCUUUCGCGGGGAUGAGGAGAUGACUUACGCGACGUUUGCUGGAGAUCUUGGGGAGAGUAAAGAUCUUGCGGAGAACGUGGAAGGAAAACGCUUUUCGUCGAAUAAGGACAAGACGAAACGAAGAUGGAGAAGGCGUUGAAGGACUGGUAAAAAAUUAGAGAAUCGAAUGAAAUAAUGCGAAAAUAUUGGCACGGAUAUAAAGGAGAGAUAUCUGGUAUGAGAAAUCUACAAGAUGGAAAGGGUGAAAUAACGGAUGGACAGCGACAGUAGGAGAAGUACGGAAGAGCGGACGUCACCAGCCUUACAUUGCACGAAUGACUUUACGAUCAGCGAUCGGGUCGACGUAAAAUUGCUCAAGCCCUCGGUAUUAGCCGACAGACAUACACGGUCCCUUUGGUCGGCUACAGCUUCGCCAGGUGUUCGUUGACGAAGUAGCCGAAGAUCGGCUCGAUACAUCCUUACAACGAGACAGACGAUUGUGCCUUAACCGGUGCCUUUCAGCUCUCAUACAUGUUCGAGUGCACGAGAUGGAGAAUAUAUAUAUGUAUGUGCGUGUGCGUGUGUGUGUGUGUGUUUGUAAGUGAGAGAGAGAGAGAGAGAGAGAGAGUGCCAGUAAAAACCACGUGAUAGUUUAACGUUAAAUAAUAACCGCGCUAACGUACGCGUGUAACGAGUUCGUACGCAGGUACGGACACAUGUAUGUAUUAUAUAUUAUGUCUGUGCGUGUGAUGCGUUCGAUAUUUUUGUUCUUUCGUGUAAACGCGUCUGGAGAACCGCGAAGUAAGCGAGAGUGUUCGAGAGACGCACGAAAGCCCCGUUUCUAUCUCUCGACGCUCGGGAAUGGCCAGUGUUUCGUUAAGCCGCAUCGAGAUUUCUUUUAUUUAUGUCGAGCCUUAUUUAACGCGAUUUUAAUUACUCGUUAAUCUGUCAGUCUCACGAAUACGUCGGUGUGCACGUCUUUUCUCCUGGAAUGUCAAACACAACGGUCUUUGUUUUAAUUUUCACGUUAGAAGAUCGUAACUCGUUAUGGAGACUACAAUGUGAAUUGCAGAUGUAGAUGAAAAAUAAAAAGUCACGAAGCUAGAGGAAGGAAUGGGUGAUGAGGAUUAGACGAUAGGCGUACAAACACUCGGUAGUGUUCGACGAAAAAAUACGAAGUAAAAUAAAGAAUAUUGUAUAACCAA